AUGGGACUCAAUAUAAUUGACCGCAUCCAAGCCAAGAUCGAGCUCUUUCGCCUCGAGCAGCGCUACACGCGAAGGCGCCACCGCCGCUCGACUUUCGUGUCCAACGCAAUCUACGUCGACGGCGAGUACAUCUACCAAUCGCCCAACGCGACGGGCUCGUCGGCAAACACGAGCCGGACCGCCAGCACACAGAACACGACCGCGACCUCGAGUUCCCCUAGUUCGACGGCCGAGUACACAGCGAGCGCGACCGCGAGCAAGCAGCAGAAGAGGCUGAACAGGUGGUCGUCGAUGCCUGGGUUCGGGUCGAACUCGAAGCCGGACGGCAUGCAGGGUCGGGAUAUGCCGGCAGUGAGGGAGGAGGGGCAGUGGAGGGAGAGGGUCAGUUUUCAUGACGAGAGGGGAUAUUGA